AUGACAGCGUCUAAAUCAUCAUCAUCAAUAUCAGCACUUAAUGAACCAAAAGUCAAAGUUGAAGGUGUUUCAAAACCGAAAAAGCAUGUCACUAUUAAAUUAGAGCCUCAAACAAUCAAUAAAUCCAAUUCAACUGGGUCUUCAUCUUCAUCUAUUGGGCCAACUAAUAAAAAAGAUGGAAAUAACUCAAAUGUUGACAAGAUCCCUAUCACACCAAAUGAAAAGAUUUUAAAACAACCAAAUUUAAAAUCAAUUGAAGAUUUAAACAUUUCAAAAUUCUAUAUUCAACCUCAACAACAAAUCAAUAAUACUGAUGAUGAUGAAGAUACUCCAACUAAAUCAACUUCAAGUAAGAAAAAUGAUUCCAAAAGGAUUAAUGAUAUCAAGACACCUUCAUCUCAUCAACCAAUCAAAUCUAAAAAAGCACGUUCUUUUGAUCAAACUGAAAUCACUCCAACUAAUACAGUUAACCCAUUGAAAAAAUCUAAACCUCAACCAGUUAUUUUGAAAAAACCAUCAAUUUUUAAACCAAUUGAAGAAUCAAUAAUUGAAAAUAAUAAUGAAAUUGAUGGAUUAAAAUUAAUUGAAAUUUUCUCAAAUAUUGAUGAUGAAUUAAUUAAACAAAAAUAUAUUGAAUCAAGUUCUAAAAAUUUUGAAAAUUGGUCAAUUCAAGGUUUCCAAUUAAUUAAUUAUCAAUAUGAAAUUGUUAAAAAAAUUAUUCAAUCAAGAAACAAGUUAAAUUUAAAAUUUCAAUUAAUCUUUGGUUUAAUUAAUACAUAUGGGAACUCUUUAGAAAAUGAAGAUUUAGUCUUGAAUGAAAAAAUGAAUAAAUUACAAACUUUAGGUGAAGAGAUUAAAAAUUUCAUUAAAUAA